GACACACGGGUAAAGGAAUCCUGCAGUAAAAAUAUUUAAAAAUUUAAUUUUCGGAUUUACGCAUUGCAUAUUACCAGUGUUUCCGGUCAUUCAGUACAUUAUAUCGUUAUAUAUUUCAGGUACAGAAACCCGAUGAUAGGGAUAUGAAUGUAGCUACAUCUAUGUGCGUCGAGAGGGGUUUGUUUUUCAAAUAGAAGAGAAAUGCAGGGAUUCGUGCGGCUAGAGAGGCUAAAUAAACUACGACACUCGCCGCAUCAGUCAGCUCUCACUAUAACCAUUAAAUAAGCAAACUUUCCAGAAAGCGACCGAAACCGGUUGAAUUCACACUCUGAUCUCGGGAUGUUUGCAGAAUACUCUGCCUUGAAUGUUUGCAAGCCCGUUCGCGACUUUAUUAGAAGUGUGGGUCUUGUGUGAGCCCGACAAGGCACCUUGAGCCCCUCUGCUGUUGCUAAUCAAGUGGACGUAGCUGGCUCUGAAUGAUCACUCAAAGCUUCAGACAAGCGCGGAGGACUGAAAACGCAUCUCAAGUUAUCUGCAACAGUGAAAGAGUGAGGGAAACACAGUGGACAAGCCGCUGAACAGAGCGCCUGGAUUGGUUGAAUCUACAGUCAAAGUGCAGCGGACAAUUAGAGAAUGAUUAAUAAAAGAGGGGAGAAAGAUCAAAUAUAAAAGUCGCCCACAUGCGCUGGAUCAAUCGCUGCAUUGGGGAACGGAAUCAGAAGACGGUGGAAGAGGUGAGUUUGAAUUCCUUGCAGGCUGGUGGAAGAUGGCGGUGCGGUGUAGUUGGAGGUGGUGAGAGCGAAACUUCGGGGCGCCUUGGAUUUAUUUGUGAACAUCUCGACCCGGACCGUAGGACACAUGCAGGCCAAAAAACGCUAUUUAAUCUUGCUCUCCGCCGGCGCAUGUCUUGUUCUACUGUUCGUCUUUGGGGGUUUACAAGUCCCAGCGUCCAGCAGGAAUCCGAACCGGCGAGACGACCGCAGCCGGAAUGGGUAUCACCCGGAUCAUCCCUGGCCACACUUCUCGGACCCUUUACCACCGUUUAUUCCCUGGGAUGGAUUGGAAACCGAUGAAUAUAACAUUCACAUAUCACCGAAGCAGAAAAGGGAGAUGGUUUCAAGUGUGUAUAAAGGCAAGAGGUGUCGGAUGGAUUCCUGCUUCGAUUUCACUUUAUGUAAAAAGAACGGUUUUAAAGUUUACGUUUACCCCCAGCAAAAGGGCGAAAAGAUCUCAGAAAGUUACCAAAACAUUUUAUCGGCCAUCGAGGGGUCUAGAUUUUAUACCUCAGACCCCGGACAGGCUUGUUUGUUUGUCUUGAGUCUGGACACUCUAGACCGGGACCAGCUAUCGCCUCAGUACGUGCACAGUCUAAAAACAAAGAUUCAGAAUCUACAUCUCUGGAACAACGGUAGGAAUCACCUUAUAUUCAAUCUGUACUCGGGCACAUGGCCGGAUUACACAGAAGACUUGGGUUUCGACAUCGGCCAGGCCAUGCUGGCUAAGGCGAGCAUCAGCACUGAAAACUUCAGACCUAACUUCGACGUGUCCAUCCCGCUGUUCUCGAAGGACCACCCCAGGACCGGAGGGGAGCGGGGAUAUUUAAAGUACAAUUCCAUUCCCCCUUUUAGGAAGUACAUGUUGGUAUUUAAGGGGAAACGGUACCUGACUGGGAUCGGGUCCGACACGAGGAAUGCCUUAUAUCAUGUUCACAACGGUGAAGACGUGGUCCUCCUCACCACAUGCAAACACGGCAAAGACUGGCAGAAGCAUAAGGAUGCACGCUGCGACAGGGACAACGCCGAGUACGACAAGUUCGACUACAGAGAGAUGCUGCACAACUCCACCUUCUGCCUGGUGCCGCGCGGGCGUCGGCUUGGCUCAUUCCGCUUCCUGGAGGCUCUACAGGCUGCCUGUGUCCCCGUCAUGCUGAGUAAUGGCUGGGAGCUUCCCUUCUCUGAGAUUAUUGACUGGAACACGGCCGCUGUGAUCGGAGAUGAACGGCUGCUGCUUCAGAUCCCGUCCACGGUCCGGUCUAUCCACCAGGACAAGAUUCUGUCUCUGCGGCAGCAGACCCAGUUCCUGUGGGAGGCCUACUUUUCUUCAGUGGAGAAGAUUGUAUUGACUACUCUGGAGAUCAUCCAGGACAGGUUAUUCCAGCACAUGGCCCGCAAUAGCCUGAUGUGGAACAGCCAUCCUGGUGGUCUGUUUGCCCCACCCCAGUACUCCUCUCACCUGGGUGACUUCCCCUUCUACUACGCCCAGCUGGGUAUCAAACCAUAUCCCAAGUUCACAGCAGUCAUCCAUGCAGUGACACCCUUGGUCUCCCAGUCCCAGCCCAUUCUGAAGCUACUGGCUGCUGUGGCCAAGUCGCAGUACUGUGCCCAGAUCAUCGUUUUGUGGAACUGUGAUAAGCCCCUCCCUGCCAAACACCGCUGGCCCGCCACCUCUGUGCCCGUCAUUGUCAUCGAGGGGGAAAGUAAGGUAAUGAGCAGCCGGUUCCAGCCCUAUGAAACGAUCAUCACGGAUGCAGUGCUGAGCCUGGAUGAGGACACAGUCCUCUCCACCACUGAGGUGGAUUUUGCCUUCACCGUGUGGCAAAGCUUUCCAGAGAGGAUUGUGGGAUAUCCAGCUCGUAGCCAUUUCUGGGACAGCAACAAGGAGCGCUGGGGCUACACCUCAAAGUGGACCAAUGAUUACUCCAUGGUGCUGACCGGAGCUGCUAUAUACCACAGAUACUACCACUACUUGUAUACCAGUUACCUACCGACAAGCCUAAAAAAUCUGGUGGACCAGCUAGCCAACUGCGAGGACAUCCUCAUGAACUUCCUUGUGUCUGCUGUCACCAAACUACCCCCCAUCAAGGUCACUCAGAAGAAGCAGUACAAGGAGACCAUGAUGGGACAGAGCUCCCGUGCCUCUCGCUGGGCUGACCCCGACCACUUUGCCCAGCGACAAACCUGCAUGAACAAAUUUGCCAGCUGGUUUGGCUCCAUGCCCCUGGUCCACUCCCAGAUGAGGCUGGACCCAGUUCUGUUCAAGGACCAGGUCUCCAUCCUUCGCAAAAAGUACAGGGACAUUGAGAGACUCUAACGAGCUCCGGCCCCGUCCUCCUAAGAAGAGAGGGCGGGGCACAGACAGACAGACAGUUGGGGGGGGCGGGGAGGGUCAGGGUGUAUCAGGCUGCCGCAUGGACAAGGGGGCCCAAUAGCUCUAUCUUCCACUCUUCCCUUGAAGUUGCCAAUGACGACAACAGUGACAAUUCCAAGAACAACGGCUUUAUCAGUGGACCUGACCCAGGAACACACCACAUACCACAACUGACCACAGGACUUCUGGAAACCUUUUAUUCUCCACACAUGAAUGCAGAAAACUAAUGACUGGCCCUUCUCAGUACAAACCACACACGGUGAAAGACAGGAAGUACUCACUCUGGGGUCCCUCUCCAGAACCACUCACCUCCCGUUAUUUUAGCUAUGCAGAGUGCAUUCAGAGAGACCUAUGCUCCAUCGCUUUAGUACUUUAUCUUUGUGUUUUUCUUUAGCCGGCAGUGUUCAUGUUAAAAGCCCUGAGUCUCUACAAGCCAAGGCAGUCAGCCCUCUUCACAAAACUCAGUGCCUAAUACCAGUUCUGACAUAACCCUUUUCCACUGUAGUGAUGGAACCCAGCUGGUCUGUUAUCAGUUCAGGCAGUCAUCUUCAUUGUCAUAGAUAAAUGUGGUAUGAUUUCAUUUGCUACCACUCUGGUUGUAGUUAAAGUAAUCACAGUUGUGCUUUAGGAGGCUCAGUCAGCUUAACUAGGCUGCAUCCAACUCUGCAGUGGAAAUGGUAUAAAUUCUAGUUUUGGGAGUCAUAUUACAGUUAUUUGAGUGCACACACUUUUGUCUGUGUUGGUUCAUGUUGUUUUUGGCUGAUGUCAUUUAUAGGUCUUUUUCAAUUCUUCAUUUUUGGAAGGUUUAUGAGAUUUUUAUAUUUGUAACAAGAUCAGAGCCCUCAGUAAUGCAAACCAUAUUCAUCUCCUGUGACCGAAAAAAGUGGUUGUGUUCUAGUUUAAGGCAUCCCGGGCAAUUUUCUUUAAAUCGAUUUUGAUUUUUGUUUGAAAUUUGUGAAGCUGUUAUGGUGGGAAUUGAAAGUGCUGUAUUCCCAUCUUUAUCACACGGCCUUUGCUUGGCUAGGUCCAGAACAGAGUACUUUUAAGGCCUUUCAGAUGUACCGAGACAUGAACUUUGGCAAAUGGAUUAAAUGGGGCAUAUAAUGGCCCCCCACCAUGUCACCCGUAAGACAUUUCCUCACAGUGAACAUCUCUCCAUCCAGGAGACAGAAAGGUAAAAAUGGAUCCGACCUUUGCUUCCCUUUUUCAUACAACAGAAAAUCACCAUUUCUCAAAUGUGAAAGUCCAUAGACAAGUGGGAUGUUCCUCUUUAAGUUCAAUCAUGUGUGCAACAUAUUGUCUCAUGCAGUUCUGUUCAGUCUGGGUGGAGUUAUUUGAAAGUGAAAAGGGAAUUUCUUGGCAAGCUUCUUGUUUCCUCGACCCAUACUUUUUAAAUUGUGUUGUAUUAAUUCCUGAAUUUCUGACAGUAUUCUGCCUAUGUUACUAUACCCAACAUCUUUUUAAGGCACAAAAGAAACAGUGUAAACAGGGAGAUUAGAGUGUGAAACAGGAGUAUUUAAAAAUAGUCAAAUCCAUUAAGAAGCCCCAUUUCAGUGACCAGUGGCAUUUCACUUUCACACAUAUAUGUCCAUCCUGUGUCCCAUAAAAUGACUGAGUGAUCAUGUCACUUCUGCAUGAUCAUGCAGCCAUUUUACUGCUACUGUUUUUGUGUUUGCUUUUACUUUCUUGUAUUUCAUUUCAAGGGACUGGUGCUCAGACAAGGGACAGCUCCUUGUUAGUCUGUAGGAAAUUUUAAUAUUUUUCAGUGCAGGGGUUUUUGAUAGCCUGUGCUUGAAUAGGUACUUGAAUGUCAGAGGACUUGAAGGACUGCCGUGUAAAGUGGCCUUUUUGCAAAGGUGUCUGACCUUAACUUUUAACCAGCAGUGAGCAAGAUCUAUAUUUUUUUAGUUGCUGUAAUGUUGCGGAGCUGACCCUGUUUGUAGACUUCUGAAAUAUGUAACCAAAAAUGAAAUUGCACAUAAAAUUGAAGCUAGAUAUCCUACUCUUCUGAAUUAAGGGCCCUAAGGGUCCCACCCACUUUACACAAAGUGAUAAUAUGUGACCUGCUGUUUUGCCAGUCUAGCAAUCUUGGUAUCCUCAAAAUUACUUAGCUUAAGUGGAGCACGAUGGAUUAACACAGUGCCAUAUUAUUUAUUACAUGUUUCAAAUUGGAAUUAUUACAACCCCCUUUCUCUCAUUAUUCAUUAAUCACCUCAGAAAAUUACCUGUGUUGAAGGCCUCCAAUUGCCAUUCAUGGAUUAUGUGUUGUAAAAUGCAGGGGAAGUAGCCUCUUUGGUCUUUAAAUUAGGCAGAGCAAUGUUGAAUGUGUCCCAAAGUUAGAUAAGCCAAUACACAAAAAGACACUUAAUGAAAUAUAUAUCUGAACUGUUUAAAACUAGUUGCUCACCACUGAUUAACAAUUAAGGCCAGUUCCCCUUUAAUCACCUUAUUUUUAUUUUAUAGAAAUA